AUGUCACUGAUCGAUCAGCUCGUCGAGACUGUCUCCACUCUCGCACCCAUCACCUUGUCUGUACCCACCACACCUAUCUUCCAAGUCUCUCGAUUUAUCCACCAUGUCACGACCACGCCUAUCCACCCUGUAUAUUUCCCUUAUCUGCGAUUUGGCGUGAUACAUGCUGUGAGAGUGACGACUGUAUGGGCGGGAUUGAAGAAAGGUAAAAAACGAGGUGGAAGAUUGCAAGAUCUGUUUGGGUAUUUGGCAUUGGCCUGGGGAGGAAGUACCGUCAUAUCCCUGCUUCUCAGCCAACCUCCUUCAUGGCUGAUAUCGCCCACACCAUGGAUCAUCUAUCCUCUCAUUUACACUAUCCUGGUACCUACGGGACUAUCAGCCUAUAUCGUUGAUACUUGUCCGACACUCUUAUUCGGUAUUAUAGGUGGUCUUGUAGAUGGCUUGACAAGAGGCACGACCAUCACUUCUUUGGCAACAUUACUGUCAUCCUCAUCAAUUGGUUCUUCGGCGAUCAGUGCGGAUGGAAGUAUCAAUCUUUGGACAUACGCUCUAUUGAGUUUACUAGCUAUAUCAUCAGGAGGAUUGAUCGUAGGUGUAUUAGGUCUCAAUGAGGAUGAGUGGAAAUUAGGUACACCAGGAUUAUUGAAAGGUGGUCUUAUCAACACGUUAGAUGCUUGGAGUGCAUCGUUAGUCGGUCUAUUAUGGUUGAUUCUCACGAAUCAGAAUUCAAGCUUGAAACCUAUCAGUAAAUUUAUUCAAUCAUCGUUACCACACGAAUUGAAAUCGUCAAAAUCAUCAUCAUUAUCUUCGGGUGAGAAAGUUGCUGAGGAUAUAUUGGACGUACCCCAUGCUAGAGCUAUAUGCGUGAUGGUCUUGGAAGCGUUAUUGGCGACAAAAGCUACUAUCUUAUAUGCGAGAGGAAGUAAAACGAAGGAGGCAAACAAGGUAGAUAAGAAGACUGAAUUGUUCAUUUUGGAUGAGAAGGAUAACGAGACGACGAAAGUGGUCAAGACUCCAGUAAAAGUUGGAAGUAGUAAACCAACACCGAGGAAGAGUCCCAGAGCGAAAUCGAAGUGA